CCUGGCUGCCGUCCUGAGGACGCUGCCCAUGUUCCAUGAUGAGGAGCACGCCUGGGCCCGCGGCCUCCCUGAGGACACCCUGGUGCUGCCGUGAGUGUGGGCUCCUCUGGGGGUCCCGGGCAGCCCUGGGGGCGGUGGGGGGAGCAGAUCCUGAGCUGGACAGUGCCAGCUGGGCCGUGCGGCCGCCUCCAGGCUCCAAUUCCUCAGCGCUCCCGUGAGCCACAUGCAGGAGCCUGUCUCUAACAAGUCACCUCCGCGGGACUUUAGGGCUGGCCAGCGGCCGGCUUCCACCGGAGCCCGAGCCUCGCUUGCCACCAGGAGGAAGGCAGGGCCCGCGGCUGCACCUGUGCCUGCUCCCACCUCCCUCCCGGCCUCCUCCUGCGCCCCCCUAAGCCUGGGCUGGUUCAGCACGAUGAGGGGCCCCUGUCUAGGGACUGUGCCCAUCAGCAGCAGCUGUGCUGGCCCAGGUGGCCCCCGCCUCCAGCGUGGAGGUCCCUCCACUUCUCAGCUCUAGGCCAGCUCCAUGGUGCCCUGGUGGAUGGCGGCUGCCCUCCCUGCAAGCCAGCCUCCUUCCAGCAUCUUCUCUCGGCUCGUCACGGGCGGUCCCAGCCUCCCUUUCCAAGCGGCUGGGACGGGGACACUGCUCGGGAGCAGCUCCUCCUGGCCCAUCUCCCCCACGCUCUUGGGGACCACAGCCCCUGGCCCUGGGGACUCCAGGUGGAAAGGAGGCUGGGCCCUGUGCUCUGAAUGCUGGGAACUAGCCCAUGUGCCGCCACCGGCGCACGUUCGCAGCCGCGCCAGCCCCGACCAGAGGGUCUUCUACACAGUGCUGGAGUGCCAGCCCCUCUUCGACUCCAGCGACAUGACCAUCACCGAGUGGGUUCAGAUUGCCCAGACCAUAGAGAGACACUACGAGCAGUACCACGGCUUCGUGGUCAUCCACGGCACAGACACCAUGGCCUUCGCUGCCUCAGCGCUGUCCUUCUUGCUGGAGAACCUGCAGAAGACCGUUGUCCUCACCGGGGCCCAGGUGCCCAUCCACGCCCUGUGGAGCGACGGCCGCGAGAACCUGCUGGGGGCGCUGCUCAUGGCCGGCCAGUACGUGAUCCCCGAGGUCUGUGUGUUCUUCCAGAAUCAGCUGUUUCGGGGCAACCGGACCACCAAGGUGGAUGCCCGGAGGUUUGCGGCCUUCUGCUCCCCCAACCUGCCCCCUCUGGCCACUGUGGGCGCCGAUGUCACCAUCAACAGGGAACUGGUACGCAAAGUCGGCAGGAAGGCACGGCUGGUGGUGCACGACAGCAUGGAGCGGGACGUGGGCCUGCUGCGCCUCUACCCCGGCAUCCCUGCCUCCCUGGUUCGAGCCUUUCUGCAGCCCCCCAUGAAGGGGCUCGUCAUGGAGACCUUCGGCUCGGGGAACGGGCCCACCAAGCCGGACCUGCUGCGGGAGCUGAGGGCGGCGGCUGAGCGCGGCCUGGUCAUCGUCAACUGCACCCACUGCCUUCAGGGGACAGUGACCUCGGGCUACGCAACUGGCAUGGCCAUGGCAGGGGCCGGCAUCGUCUCAGGCCUCGACAUGACAUCGGAGGCUGCCCUGGCCAAGCUGUCGUAUGUGCUGGGCCAGCCGGGGCUGAGCCUGGACGACAGGAAAGAGCUGCUGGCCAAAGACCUCCGAGGGGAGAUGACGCUGCCCACAGCUGACGCGUGCCGGCCCUCGCUGCUGGGCAGUACUUGGGGCAGAGGGGUCGCCUGGCUCCUCAGUCUGAGUGGCAGCCAGGAGGCAGAUGCCGUGCGGGAUGCCCUGACGCCCAGCCUGGCCUGCGCUGCAGCCCAUGCCGGCGACCUGGAGGCUCUGCAGGUGCUUGUGGAGCUGGGCAGUGACCUGAGCCUGGAGGACUUCCGCGGUCAAACCCCGCUGCAUACGGCUGCCCGGGGGGGCCAUGCCAGGGUGGUCAGCAUGUUGCUGCAGAGAGGGGUGGACGUGAAUGCCCGUGACAAGGACGGCCUCAGCCCGCUGCUGCUGGCCAUUCGGGGCAGGCACCAGGGUGUCAUUGGCCUGCUGCGGGCGGCCGGGGCCUGCCUGUCCACCCAGGAGCUGGAGGACUCAGGGACGGAGCUGUGCAGGCUGGCGUCGCGGGCGGACGGUGACGGCUUGUGGGCAUGGUGGCAGGCAGGGGCGGACCUGCGGCAGCCGGGCUACGACGGGCGCAGUGCCCUGCAUGUCGCAGAAGCAGCUGGGAACCUGGAAGUGGUGGCCUUUCUACAGAGCCUUGCAGGGGGUCACUGCUGAGGCCCCAGGCCCAGUGAGCCCCCGCCCUGCCCCCAGGAGGCGGCCCUGUGCGGGACCAGACGUGAGCAUCGCAGGGCCCACACGCUCCAGAGGCUUCCACGGCUCACCCUGCCCACCCGCCCCGGUGGGCCCGGGGUUGGGUGCUUCCACCUGCCUCCCAGGCUGGGCUCCCAGGCCCGGCCCCCGGCUCCUUCCCACACUGGAGGGCGCCCGGCUUUCCUGUCUGCCCGGCCUUCAUACACCACCUGCACCUCACUUGUUCUCAGGAAGGAGGUCUCGGGAGACCUCACGGUUUCAGGAAGUGCUGCCUGGGGUCUAACCUGAAGCUAUCCUGCUGCAGCACAAGCCAUUCCUUUUCUUCCUGUUGUGACCUGCUAGGGGAAUCUCGGGCACCUGCCCUGCUGGCUCUUGGACUGGGAGGUGCCCCACUGCUGGGGCUGCUUCCCACCUGUUUUCAUGACAAAACCUAAAGGUCUGUGUUGGGCAGCGUGGCAAUAAAGUCGUUCUGGGGACUGCUGGCUCCUCAGGU